CACGUGACCAAGAGCUGCCUGGAGCUGAAGUCCUGCUAGUCGCCUCUGUCUGGGUACCAGCCCCCUAUUAAGCUUCAGACGUGUGAAGGAAGGAGGAAACUAGCCCCGGACCGGACCGUGCAGAUUCAUCUGAAGAGAGCUGCAAGAGCCUGGGAGAGACUGAAGACCACUGCUCUCCACCAUUACUCAUCCUGACCCUAAGAUUCCUCUUCAUUCAGGUGGAAGAAGGCCCUCUCUUUUCUGCCCCAAAGCUGGCACAGACUUGAGAAUGGGCCGGGCUCGGGAAGUGGGUUGGAUGGCUGCAGGACUGAUGAUUGGGGCUGGUGCCUGCUACUGCGUUUACAAAUUAACCGUAGGAAGAAAUGAGAGUGAGAAGUUGGAGGAGGAGGAAGAGGAAUGGGACGAUGACCAGGAGCUGGAUGACGAAGAACCCGAGAUUUGGUUUGAUUUCACAACUAUGGCUCGGCCCUGGAGUGAGGAUGGGGAUUGGACUGAACCUGGGGCCCCCGGUGGCACUGAGGACAGGCCCUCAGGAGGGGGCAAGGCUAACCGAACACACCCAACAAAACAACGUCCAUUCCCAUAUGAACAUAAAAAUACGUGGGGAGCUGAAAGCUUUAAGAAUUGCAGGUGUGUUCUAAACCUCUCCAAUUAUCCUUUCAUUCAGGGUAAAAUGUUGUCGGCUCAGUCCAAGGAUGCUGGGUUUUCAUUUAGCCACGAUAUCAAUAGUCAUUUGGCCUGCCUCUCCAUUGUCGGAAACACGAUCCCCAUUUGUGACCCAGCUGUUAAGGAGAAGGCUUUAUGUACCCUGGAUAACGUGAAUGUCAGUGUGGAAAAUCAGGGCCAGAUUAAGAUGUACAUCAAUGAAGUGUGUCGGGAGACUGUGUCACAUUGCUGCAACUCAUUUCUGCAGCAGGCCGGAUUAAAUUUGUUAAUAAGCAUGACAGUUAUUAAUAACACGCUUGCCAAGUCCGUUUCAGACUUGAAGUUUCCUUUGAUAUCAGAAGGAAGUGGAUGUGCUGAGGUUCAGGUUUUGAAAUCGUUGAUGGCUUUGUCUGAAAAGCCAGUCUUGGCAGAGGAAUUGCUGGGUGCCCAAAUGCUGCUCUCAUGCAUGUCCCUCUUUAUCCGG